AUGGGCCUAGGAUAUGUUCUCUGUUUAAUUGAGCUGAGCCUAAGCCAGCCUGUGUACGUUAUCCUGGCAACAGGAGCUGGCAGGACAGUGGACUCUCAGGAGAAAGUCCUUUACCAAAACCAACUUGACCCGCAAUCCAUGGAAUCUCUUGCAUUUAUCGAUGACCACGCCAAGUUAUAUUCGCCCAACGAUUUCCUUAGUGACCUACAUAAACUCGCCAUCGGCGUUCAGAAAUUCGUGCAGGAUCCACCGAACACACUGUACAGUGCUCUCACCAAAAAGAACCACAAGAAGCAGGGUCAAAGCCAGAACCAGAGUCAGAAACCCGUGAAACACAAGGUGGUACUUGACCCCUUCGGCAAUAUUUCGCUCUUUCUGGGCUGGUCAGUCAACUUUCAGGUGACCAACAGCAUCGGCAUCAGUCGCAGUCUGGGGAGCGACCACAAUGGCUGGCCUAAGGGUUAA